AUGCCGAGCCAUAGACUUCGAAUUUCGGCUAUGGAAAGGUUUACCUGCAGAACUUGUCUAUGCAUCGCAGACUUGAACUCUUCGGCGCAGGUUUUCGAAAUAUGCUCCACCGAAAAAACCAUAAGAGAUGUUCUGUUGGAGUUUGUUCCUUCCAUGGAAAAGACGUUAUCCAAGGAAGACAGAAUUUGCGGCACUUGUGUGAAUACGUUAAAAAAUUUCAUGGGAUUCUUGGAGAAAUGUCUGGAAAUCGAGGAAAAUUACGAAAACUGGUCGGUUGAAAACCAUAAGAUCAUACAAAUUGGCGAGAUUGUAGACCACGAUCACUCUUAUAUAAAAUUCAAUACAGAAGAUGAUACUGACAAACAGGAAGAACGAGAACAGAAUAAUGAGAACGCACCAAACACAAAUCAAGAACAAAAUUUCGAAGAAGUGGAAAUUCAAUUAAUCCCCGUCGGUUCGGUUCAGGAUCCACUUUUAAUUCAAAAUUUACAAACCAUUUCCACGAAUCCCCAAGAACCUAUAGCCCCCAACGUAACUAUAGUGGCUACCGGCGAUGAACUGCUCGACGAUAAUUUCAUCCAAAUUAAAUCGGAAAAUGACCAAACAAGCUUUAUGGAGUACGAUGGUGACUUGGGCAUAUAUCAACAGCUAGCCGAUGAACAAAGUCUGUUCAUUUGCGAAUUAUGCGGAGACGGUUUCCUUAGUAAGCAGCUACUCCAACGGCACAUGUCAGUACACGGUGAACUCCGAAUCAUGUGUGAUAAGUGCCCGAAAGUAUUUCGCAACGAUAGCUCCCUAAAAGCACAUUACAAAUUGAAACAUGCGCCGACCAGUUUGCGUUUCAAAUGCGACUUUUGCGAACAAGUUUUCGCCAGGGCGGAUUACCUCAGGAAUCACGUGAAGAAGCACGUGAACGAAAAAAAGAACAACGUCAAGUGCAGGAUACCGGGCAAGUUUCUUCGAUUUAAAAACACGGACGAUCCGUUGCCAUGUAAGAUUUGCGGUAAAUAUUACAACGGCAUUCAGAAAUUGAAAGUCCACCUGCAAACCCAUUUGGUGGUGAAGCGAUUCGCUUGCGAGUACUGCGAUUUGACCUACAAAAGAUGGCCGAGUCUCAAGAGACACGAAAAGUCGCAUUUGGAGUCCGAUCAGUUCUUCUACAGAUGUAACGUGUGCUGGAAGAGGUUUCCCAAAAAGGAGGAACUCGAUCAGCACAUGCACCAGCACGGCAGUCCUCGUUAUCGGUGUCAAGUCUGCGACGAGCAGUUUCACAGGAAAUAUCUUUUCGAUAACCAUUAUCUUCUUGCUCAUGCGACCCCCGAAGACAUCGAGAAUUCCAAAAAGGAAGUUAUUUACGACACGUUGUUGGAGCUAUCCAGCCAAAAUUUGUUAGUUACUGAAUAG